AUGGUGGUGAUGCCCCUAUACAUCACCACGAGCGAAGUAGCUCAAGGUAUUGGGGGUAACACUGGUGCCAGUGCUCAUGCUGAAACCAAUGAAGAGGCCAGGGACCGAAUUGUCCUGCGUCACGCUCCUCAAGUGGAGUCUCCUUGGAUGCCGUCAUCUAGAGAGUUAGACCGGUUGGCCGGCAUCACUACCGAUCGGGACCAUAUCCCGUUGCUCGACUUUAGGAAGAUCUGCCCUCCAAAUUCCAGCACGGAAACUAUCCGUGCUGAGGAAGAAUUCUUCACCGAUGCAUUUUUUAAGCACCGGUGGUACUACGGCAGCCGUGGUCGAGACGGUACGGCCCUGGUGAAAGGAUGGAAUGCCUUUACCUACAACAUCGAGUGUAUUGGCUUUUAG